GCGUUUACAUUCUUGUCUUAGAAAUUUGUGCUCUCUUCUCUUUACAUUAUAAUUAAUUAAAAAUGGGUAACGCUGCAGCAAAAGUGGAAGCGCAGCCGGAAGAGAAAAAGAAAUUAAAACCUUGCUGCGCCUGUCCUGAAACCAAGAAAGCGAGAGACUCAUGUAUCAUAGAAAAGGGCGAGGAAAAUUGUGGAGAUCUUAUAGAAGCGCAUAAAACUUGUAUGAGAUCAAUGGGAUUUAAUAUUUAAUUAAGAUAUAGGAGAGUAAUAAAUAUUGUCACCAAAGAUAUCUUUGCUGUUAAAAUGUUCUGCAACAAAUCUCGAGAUGGCUAAGAUAUCAUAUAUACAUGUUUUUAAGUAUAUAUAUGUGUUUCUGUAAAUAAUUUUCUUUCUAGAAUUUACAGAGAAUAAAAAUGAAUAUUAUGUUUCUGUGAAGUUGUAAGAAUUCUGCAUAUUGUAGAUAACUUGAAACAAUUCUUAUGAACUUAUGAACAACUUUAAAGAUUACAAAAUAAAUUGUUGUAAUGAUUAA